AUGACGAUGACAUUGAAAAGAGGAAGAGACUGUAAAAGAAGUUGAUCACUCACUGACUGAUAAAGCACAAUGAUUAAUUAUGGUCCUAAACAAGGUCAUUAACAACACUAAACGCGUUUAUACACAAAAUUACCAACUCACCCUCCGACCGAAACAAACAGCCGUCAAACAAUUCCCUUCCCCACAUUGAAAAGAUCCUCCCUACUAACCAUACCCUCAAAAAUCCCCCCGGGAAAACCACCAAACAAAAUUCACUUCCCUCCCCUCUCUCUCUCUCUCUCUCUCUCUCUCUGAGACAAAACGCCGGUAAUUGCUAUGGCAGUGGCCACCGUCCCGGACAAUCUAACCAGAGACCAGUAUGUCUACCUGGCCAAGCUUGCCGAGCAAGCUGAGCGAUAUGAGGAGAUGGUCCAGUUUAUGCAAAAGCUCGUUCUCGGAUCUACUCCGUCCGGCGAGCUCACUGUGGAGGAGCGCAACCUUCUCUCUGUCGCUUAUAAAAACGUGAUCGGCUCUCUCCGGGCGGCUUGGCGGAUUGUGUCGUCCAUCGAGCAGAAAGAGGAAGGGAGGAAGAAUGAGGAGCAUGUUGUGCUCGUCAAGGACUAUAGAUCCAAAGUGGAGAGCGAGUUAUCGGAGGUUUGUGCUAGUAUACUGAGCUUGUCAGACUCGAAUCUGAUACCUUCUGCCGCUGCUAGUGAAUCGAAGGUGUUUUAUUUGAAGAUGAAGGGGGAUUACCACAGGUAUUUGGCUGAGUUUAAGGUUGGUGAUGAGAGAAAAGCUGCUGCUGAGGAUACUAUGCUAGCUUAUAAGGCCGCUCAGGAUAUAGCACUUGCGGAUCUUGCACCAACACAUCCAAUAAGGUUGGGGUUGGCUCUCAAUUUCUCUGUAUUCUACUACGAGAUUCUCAAUCAAUCUGACAAAGCUUGCAGCAUGGCUAAACAGGCAUUCGAGGAAGCCAUUGCUGAGCUAGACACUUUGGGAGAGGAAUCAUACAAGGAUAGUACUCUAAUCAUGCAACUCCUUAGGGAUAACCUUACUCUUUGGACUUCAGAUGUCCAGGACCAGUUAGAUGAGCCAUAGAAGGCAUCAUGAGAUUGGCCGGUCCUAGUCUUCUUCUGGAGGAGGUGGGCUUUGAAUGUCAUCCAUAUUGUUCUGAUUAAAAAGUGUGUUUAACUUUAGAAAACUGGCAUCAAUCCAUGAUAUGAUGGUUUCAUAUUUGGAAUGAACUUGCUUUUUGAUUUGGGAA